AUGCGGUGGCUCCUAAAGGUUUGCAUCCUCACUUUGGCCCUGUUGAGCCCAACCACAUGCCAGAACAGGAGGAGGAAAGGACAGAGAGAUGAUAACCAGGUCAUCGUUAAUGAGGCCAAAACCCUGAUCUGCCCGGUGGAGAUCAUGUUCAUCGUGGACAGCUCAGAGAGAGCCAGAUCUCUGCUGUUUGAGCAACAGAGGGCCUUCAUCCUGCGCUUCAGCACCAAGCUCAUGCAGCUCCAGUCGUCCGGCUGGCGUCUGCGUCUGCGCCUGGCCGCUCUGCAGUACAGCAGCACCGUGUCGGUGGAGCACAACUUCAGAGACUGGCAGGACCUGGACGUCUUCCAGAGCCGGGUGGCCUCCAUGACCUUCAUCGGCCACGGCACCUACUCCGCCUACGCCGUCGGCAACGCCACCCGGGUGUUCAGCCGCGAGACGUCCCCCAGCAGCCUGAGGGUGGCGCUGCUGAUGACGGACGGAGCCGACCACCCACGCAGCCCCAGCGUUGUGACAGCCGCCGCUGAGGCCAAACAGCACAACAUCAGGGUGUUCGCCAUCAGGCUGUCCGGCCUGCCGAGGGACGGUCCUUUGGGUGCAAGACUAAGAUCCAUCGCCAGCGCCCCCCCGCAGCAGCACGUCCUCAGCCUCACCGACAGCCAGCUGGAUGACAGACUCUUCAAUGAACUGAACACAGUUGUCAAAGCUGGGUGCCCACAGCCGAAGAGCUGUCUGUGUGAGCGGGGGGAGAGGGGUCACCAUGGAAGUCCGGGGAAACCGGGCGAGCCGGGGUCUGACGGAGCUCCAGGUCUAAAGGGAUCUCGUGGGGAACCUGGCAUUAACGGACGUCCAGGAAUGGAGGGCCUUGAGGGUCCACAUGGGAGCAAAGGGGAAAAGGGCGAACAGGGUGAAUGUGGUGUCCCCGGUAAAAAGGGAGAACAAGCUGACGCUGGACCUCCUGGCCCCAGAGGUCCUAGAGGAGAGCAGGGAGCCAGGGGAGGACCUGGAGACCAGGGUCCAGAGGGGAGAGCUGGAUCUAAAGGUGACCGAGGACUGAGGGGUGCACCUGGACCUCCAGGAGAUAACGGCAUUGGGUUCCCUGGUCCCAAGGGUGACAAGGGGAACCUAGGAAGACCAGGUCCUCCUGGACCGAUGGGUGUGGGUGAACCAGGGACACUGGGUCCAGCAGGGCCGCCGGGGAUGCAAGGAUCGCCAGGGUUUCCGGGUGAGGGUCUUCCAGGGUUCAAGGGUGACCGGGGGUACGAGGGUCCCAAGGGCAGCCGUGGACCUCCAGGACUUGGGUACAAAGGUGAUAAGGGGAACACAGGAGCCCCCGGGCUGCCGGGCCUGGUGGGGUUUCCGGGGACCGGCAUGCAAGGAGAAAAGGGGGACCAUGGGCCAGCUGGGCCUUCUGGACCCAGAGGACCUCCUGGACUGGGUAUAGUCGGACCAAAGGGUGACCAGGGUUUCCCCGGAGAGCCUGGACCUCAGGGAGAGAGGGGUGUUGGUGAACCAGGACCGAAGGGGGAUCUGGGGCCUGACGGGGCUGCUGGGAUACCUGGGAUUCCUGGUGAGGAUGGAGCUGCUGGGCCGAAGGGGGAGACGGGGUUGCCAGGUCUACGAGGCCUAGAGGGAGCACCGGGGAAAGGCAUCCUGGGAGAAAAGGGAGACAGAGGUGACCGUGGACCUAGGGGACUUUCAGGGUCUCCAGGCCCUGUUGGACCUGCUGGAGCUAAGGGAGAGCCUGGGAGUCCAGGAUCAGUGGGCCUACCUGGACCUGCUGGGCGUGGCUUACCUGGACCAAAGGGAGAUCCUGGGCCUACAGGACCAGCUGGACCUGUUGGAGAACCUGGAAUAGGAAUCAUUGGGCCAAAGGGUAACAAAGGAAAUACUGGACCUGUGGGGCCACCAGGGAUGAAGGGAGAUGGCUUCCCAGGACCACAGGGGCUGCCUGGCUUACCAGGAGUGCAAGGAGAGAUGGGACCUGAAGGGAAAGGACUACCCGGACCUAAGGGUGACAGAGGCUUGUCGGGGGUGCCGGGGUCAUCGGGUCCUCCUGGAAUUGGACUUUAUGGACCGAAGGGCUCUACAGGGCAGCCUGGUCCAGCAGGCCUGCUAGGGCCUCCAGGAGAAGGCAUCCAGGGACCAAAGGGAGAGCCUGGGUUUCAGGGGCCAUUGGGCCCUCGGGGGGCACCGGGGGAUGGCCUUCCAGGCGAGAAGGGUGACAGAGGUCUUUCUGGAGACCGGGGAAAGAAAGGAGACAAUGGAGACUAUGGAGAAACUGGAUCUACUGGACCGAUGGGGAGAGCCGGAGAAAAGGGAGAACCGGGGCUGACGAGAGAAGAGGUCAUCAGGAUUAUAAAGGAGAUCUGUGGCUGCGGUCUCAAGUGCAGAGAAAGCCCUCUGGAGCUGGUGUUUGUGAUAGACAGCUCUGCGAGCGUGGGACCGAAAAACUUUGAGCUGGUGAAGGACUUUGUGAACGCUCUCGUCGACCGGAUGGCGGUGAGCCGAGAAGCCACUCGGAUCGGCGUGGUGCUCUACAGCCACGUGGACAUGGUGGUAGUCAGUCUGCAGCAGCAGUCCAGCCAGGACGACGUCAAGGCCGCCGUCAGGAAGAUGCCUUACCUGGGCGAGGGCACCUUCACGGGUAGCGCCAUAGAUUCGGCAAACCAGCUGUUCCAGGCAUCGCGGCCCGGCGUGAGGAAAGUGGCCGUGGUUCUAACGGACGGGCAGGCCGACCCCCGAGACAUCGUGCAGUUUGAAGAAACUGCGAAGGAGGCCCACGCGGCGGGUAUCGAGAUGUUUGUGAUAGGAGUGGUGAACAAAACGGACCCUCUCUAUGAAGAUUUCCAGGCUCAGAUGGACGUUAUCGCCUCUGAUCCCGAUGACGUCUACCUCAUAGAUGACUUCAGGACGCUUCCCAGUCUGGAAAGCCAAAUACUGAGUCGGAUUUGCGAGCAGGAGGACAUGAGGGCAUUUCUACCAAACUCUGUCUUUACACCCGUGGAAAUCCACCCGGAGACUCCAGAAGACGACCGCUCUGAAGAGUUCCCAGUUGAGGAAAACAUACAAAUCGAACUCCCACUGGAGACAGCGACAGCCCCGACUCCACAGUCCCACGAGUCCGGUCGGGCCGACGAGAACCUGCUGGAUGCUAAACUGUUGGUGGAGCCGUGGAACGAGCUGCCAGACCUCACGCUGGUCUCUCCCGGCGGCAGGGGGCCGCACGGCCCCGGGGUGACCUCCGGGGUGGGGCCUCAGACUCCGAGUGGUGACUGGCUGUAUGAGGCUGAGAGCACACAGGCUCCGGUUAGCCCUCCUCCUCCUCCUCCACCCUUGACUGAGUCAUCGCUGCCAGACGAGGGCUGCAGUCUACCUCUGGACCCAGGUCCCUGUCGACAGUACACAGUCAAGUGGUACUACGACCCCGAGGCCAACGCCUGCGCCCAGUUCUGGUACGGAGGCUGUCAGGGCAACGCAAACAACUUUGAGACUGAAGCCAGCUGCAGGAACUCCUGUGUCUACACGUAACAAACUGUGUUGUGGAGAAAAAGGUUGCGUGCGAAGCCGACAUGCUUCCGUCGCCGUCACUGAGGAACAGAACAGACUGACACUCUGUGGACCGUUGCAGGUGAAGGAGAUGAUGGAGAGCAGACCUGGACCUCCUCACUCUCUCUCUCUCUCUCAGGCUACGUUCACACUGCAGGUGCUCCUGCUCAAUUUUGAACUGCUGCACAUGUACUAGCUAUCUGCUCCGGGAUUUAUACCUAUAAUAUAUAACUAGAAACCAAUACGAGCUGACAGGAUCAUCAAAAAGACUGCUUCAACGUCUAAUUCCAAAUCAUUUUAAUUUCACUUUUCUUUUGUUUAGUUGUCCUCCAGGCUAAAACAGGGACGUGUAUCUCAAAGGGACUUCAGCUCAGUCUGUUCGGGCCUAACAUUGGUGAUCCCGGGUUAACCAGCAUCACAAAGCAAGUUAUCAACUGGCUCCGUUGACUUGAGUUUUCCAGCUCCGAGCAUCAAGCCCCCACAUUCAAGUUCUUCAGUACCACGAGUGGACUUCCAAUAAUAUGACAAGAGAUAAACCACGAGGAGAAUUACACAAUAUACUGUUAUCACACAGCUUUAAUAGAAUAGCUGACGAACAAUGAGGAGGAUCCAAAUAUCAAAGUAAUUCUUAGGCUAUAAAUAACGUGAGGGAACGAUUUAAAGGACCAGUGUGUAGGAUUUAGUAGCAUCUAGUGUUGAGGUCUCUGUUAGUCAUCACUUUAUUGUUAAGUCCAUGAUCCUGUAGGACUUUCUGUAUGAUAUCUAUAUAUAAUCAAAUCAGACUUAUGCACACACACGGCAGUCCGACAGCGCCGGCUAACCUCGCUCUAUCAGUGGAAAUAUUGCUCAGUUAGCUAGCAACAUUUAGUCUGUAUAUACAGAUUUUAAUAUUCAGACUAUGUAUGAAACAGACAAUCACGGUUACGGAAGUUAAUCUCCUCUCCUUCUCUAAUGCCAGAGACUCCGACUCCGCGACUACUUCACUCAGAGCAGCUGUCAAUCAUGAUGUUACACCCCCUUUUUAUAGCAUGAAAUAAUAACUAAUUAAAUCUAGGGCUGUCAAUCGAUUAAAAUAUUUAA